AUGCGUCAAAUAGGGGCGCAUCUCGACGCCCUAAUAGCAGCCAUGGGCCAGCAGCAAUCUGCAUCUCGCCGUCAUCCUCUGACAUCACGUCAAUUGGCGGAAUCAGGAAACAAUGUGACCAAGGCGGUGCGGCAGCAUGUGCUGCACGGCGCAGCGACUGGCGACAACCAACCAGACGCGCUGGGUGAAAGUCCCAGGUCGUCCGCAGCUGUUGCAGCGGAGGAUCCCUUUUCCGCAAGCGGCGGGUUAAUCGGGAGAGAGAGCUCGGCGGGGGAGGGGAGCGCGCGCGGAAUGGCGGAGGUGUGCGGAAUGUCGGUGCUGGAGGCGGUGGAAGGGCUGUCUGAGGCGGAGCUGCUCGAGUUCCGCGACUGGCUGACCUCCGCGUGGCGGUGCGCCAAAUGCGGCAACGAGCGGGAGGACUGGACGAGGCGGCAUCGCCUGAGGGCCAUCUUCGAAGCAGUGGGCAUGCACCAACCGUCCUCUGCGCCUCUCGCCACUGUCCAACCUGCCUCCUCCUUGUCGUUCCCCGUUCCGCCUGCUCCGCCCAGCCCUCUGCUUUCCCCCACUCCCUCCGCGACGCCGCCAGUGCCCCCCCGGCGCCCGCCAGUGGGCAGUAACCGCCUGUCUCCCGCCAAUGCUUCGGCCCUCCCGCCCCUGUCCCCCACGUUCGGGUCGAGCCUAGACGCUCAUCCGCGCUCGUUUGGCAGCGCGGAGGCCCACGGGAAGGCGCACUUCUCCCCGCACUCCGCGGCCGCACUUACGCGCGCGGCCGACGAGAACGCGCAAGGCGCUAUAGAACAGGGGGGAGCUGAUGGCGGGCUGGCGGAACGUGCAGAGGAGGGCGCGGGCGGGGGAACGGGGAUGGCAGCGGGGGAGGCAGCGGAGGCGCGGACGGGAUACAAGCUGUGGGGGCGCAAGGGCGGCGGCAGCCGCAACGCAGACCCGCUCGCGCUCGCUUCCCUCUCCGCCGCAGCAGCCGCCAAUGGGGGGAGCGGUGGCGGCGCUGCUGCCGCUGGUGGUGGGUUGAGUGGGGCGGGCGGGGGAGGCAUGCGCCCGCCGCCGUUGCGGCGCACUGUCACCGCCACCGCCGCCAUGACCUCCUCGCUUCUCUCCGCCGCCGCCGCUGCCUUCGCGUCCCCCGCGCACGACCUCCGCCCCGCGCAGUCCUCCUCGUCGGGAUCCAUUCCGCUCAACCCCGUCCCGCGCCCACGUCCAGCCAGUAACGACUCUUCUGCCACGUCAGCAGAGAGCGCAGGAGCUGUCCCUCCUCCCCGCUCGCCCGUUCGCUCUGCGGACAAGCCCGCCUCAGGGCCGCUCAAGGCGGCGCUGUCCAGUUCCGCGGGCGACGCGGGGGAUGUCCGCCCGCCCUCAGGCGCGCAGCGGUUCGCGCUGGGCUUUUCCAUCCCGCGCACCCACUCCGCCUCCCGCGCGCCCGCGUCUGGCGUUCCGUUGUCUACCCCGCCUCCUCCCCCGUCCGCGUCAUCAUCGCUGUCAGCCACGUCAGCAGCUGGGGGCACGAGCCUCCAUAGGGGAUUGUCGGGGAGAUUGAAAGGCGCGCUAGGCGGGCUUGGGGGGCUGAGGCGCGCGCGGUCGGAUGCGGCGCAGCUGGCGGAAAUGAUGGCAGCGAGCGGGGACCUCGUUGGGGGGAACAGGGACGGGGGAGCGGAUGGGGGUGCAGCCGUCGGGGGGUUGGGGGAGAUUGAGCUGUUGGCGGCGACGGCAGAGGAGGGGGAAGGCGGAAAGGGUGGCGCAGAGGGCGACAAGGUGGGGAGCGGGCUGGGCGGGCGGAGGCGGCGAGGGCGGAAGAAGAGCCUGGGGCAGGUGGGGCGGAGCGUGAGUGUGCAUGCGGGGGAGCAGAGCCCGUUCGGGCCGGGGAAUGGCGAGUACGGGGGCGAGGGGGGGUGCAGUGCGCACAGCAGCGGCAGCAGCCAGCAGAGCCAGGCGGUUGGGGGGGCCGUUUCAGGCUGCCCCAUGGGGAUGGGCGUGGCGGCAGCAUCUGCAGCAGCCGCAGCAGCAGCAGCAGCGCGGGAGGGCGGCAGUGGGCGGCGCCCCAUGCCGCGGUCGCGCAGCUACGAGACGGUGGCGCACGUGGACAGCGACAGUGGGCGCGCGGGCGGAGGCGCGUGGGCGGGCCAGGGGGGCGAGCGGGGGGAGGGAAGUAAGGGGAGCCCGGGGAGGAGCAGUGGGGGGAGUGCGGGCGGGGAGGCGGGCAGGGGGGAAGCAGAGAGGGGGGAGGCGGGGAGGGAGGGGGAAGGGCGGGGGGAGGUGUCGAUGGAUCGCAAGAUGCUGAGAGCCAUCACCACGGCGCAGAUGCUGCUGCAAUCCGACCAGGUGACGUCCUGCCCAUGCCCAUCCUACACUACACGGCCCCUCAUAUCCACCACCCACUGUCUGCUCAUCAACUUGCUGCUUCUGCCUCUCCCCUUCCCGUGCCUCCACUUUACUCCCCCCACUCUCAUCAUCCCUUUCCUCUCUCUCCUCCUUCCUUCGCCUGUUCUCUCCCGCUACCCGCGCGGCUGUGCUGCGGGGUGGCAGUCAGCGGGGGCGGGGAGGGUGUUUGAGCACCUUCUUGCAUCGCUGCUGGACAUGACGGGGUCGCAGUUCGGCCUCAUCGGCUCUGUGCUCUUCCAGGCCAACGGCUCUCCUUACCUCAAGUCACACGCAGCGUCCAACAUAGCAUGGACUGAGGAGCUGCAGGCAUGGUACCGCAACAACUCCCACCGGGGCCUUGUCUUCACCAACACGGCCAACCUGCUGGGCGCCACGCUGCUCUCCGCCGCGCCCGUCAUCUCCAACCACCCCGCCCUCGACCCGCGCUCCGGAGGGGUUCCCCCAGGCCACCCUCUGCUCUCUGCCUUCCUCGGCGUUCCCCUCAUCGUCGGGUCGGAGAUGAUAGGCAUGUACGCGCUGGCGAACAGGGCGGGGGGGUACAGCAGGGCCAUGCUGCAGGAGCUGGAGCCGCUCGCAGCCAGCACAGCCGUCAUGCUGCAGGCCGUGCACGAGAGGAAGCGCAAGCGCGACGCUGAGCUGCGCCUGCUCUCCGUCCUUCAGGUGGCGCGGGACGGGCUGAUGACGGUGGGAGGGGACGGGCGGGUGACGUGGAUGAACGGGGCGGCGUGUGCGCUGUUUGGCAUGGAGGAGCAGCAUGGCCACGCGGACGCCAUGGGGGUGGGCAUGGGCGCGCUGCACGUCAAGGCCUUCAUCCACUCCAUUGAAGGCUCGCCCCACUACCUCUCCCUCGGGCUGGAGUCGUUUGUGGGGCACAUGCGGCGCGCCACGGGCAUCAGGCGGAGGCCCGCACCGCACCUUCGUGGGACCUGCCUCCGCCCAGCCGAGGGUCAUUGA